GCUAGCUGGCUGUGGACUGUGGCUUUAGUUAAUCCACGACUGUAUUAUCACAGAAGUUUUCCCACUGACCACCAAACACUGUGCUUGGAAUCUUCCAGAAGGAGAAUGGGCAAAGAAACUGAACCAGGAAGCAGCACCUAAUAAAGAAAAGCAGAAGCGGGGACCUGGAGGCUUGACCCUCCUCCCCCGGGGCCUGGAGCUCCGGUCCAGCAGGCGGGGCUGCGGGCAGGUGAGCAGGAGAGAUGCCCAGGCAGGCCCGUGCGUGGCUGCCUCCCGCUCUGCUGCUUCUCUGGACCCCAGGCUGUUGGUCUCUGAGCGGCCCCGAGUCCGUGAUGGGCACCAUUGGGGGAUCCCUGAGUGUGCAGUGUCGGUAUACGGAGAACUUCGCAGAAAAUAACAAAUACUGGUGCAGGAACUCAUGCUUGUCACCGUGGAAGAUUGUGGAGACCACAGGGUCAGAGAGAGUAGGGCGGAGCGGCCGCGUGUCCAUCAGGGACCAUCCUGCAAACCUCACCUUCACAGUGACCGUGGAGAGCCUCACAGAGGGGGACGCAGGCACGUACCGGUGUGGGAUCGAUACACCAUGGCUCGACGGAUUUGUGCGAGACCCCACUUUCCAGGUUGUGGUGUCUGUGAUCCCAGCAGCAACGACAGCCCCACCCACGGGUGUCCCCAACAAGGCCACAAGCUCGACAACCACAACCACAACAGCACUUAUAGCUAUGUCGUCCCCUGCCCCCGACGGAGGGAAUGUCACCCACCACGCGAGCAACCGGGAGGAAUUCCAGCAGAACCAGGGCCUCAGCCUCCAAGUACUACUCUCCUUGUCAGCACUCCUGCUGCUCCUGCUGGGGGGAAGCACGCUGCUGGCCUGGAGGAUGGUUCAGAGACGCCCCAAAGGUGAGAAUCGGCAGCCUCCCCAGAACUCCAGUCAGGCUGCCGAGCACACUGAGCCAUGCUAUGCAAAUUUGGAGCUGCAGAUGAGGUCCCUGGGGGGACAGCCCAUGCAACUGAUGCAGCCAGAGGUGGAAUACAGCACAGUGAGGGCCCCCAGGGAAGAACUUCACUACACCUCAGUGGCAUUUGACUUUCAGAGGCAGGAUUCCAAGGCCAGCAGGAUUAACUCCCAGAAGGCCCCAGCACUGGAGCCUGAGUACAGUGUGAUUAAGAAGACAUAAGCCUGCAUCUCUGGCUUUGACAACCAUCUGGAGGUCUCUGUGGGCCACAAGAAACCAGGGCCUGCCCCCCGAGCCCUCACCCACAUCCCCCUCAGCCUGCUCCCCUUGAUGGUGACCUUGCAAGGCAGCUGGGCUCCUACAACUGUCCCUCUGGUACCAUCAGCCCGGCUGGCUUCAUUGAGGACUAGCAGCACUGGGUUCUGGGCAGGACCUGUGGGAAACCCCCUUCCUGCUGGCCCUUGGUGCAUCCUUCCUCUUCUUUGCUUCGUUCCAGCUCUGUGUGUGGAGGGCAGGAGCUCAGUCCUAUUUGGCUCCAGGAAAGGAACGUGACUCACGUAGGAUGGUACCUACGAAUAGCUGUGUAAAUCACAGCCCCGUGGAAAAGUCCAGGAUUGCUGGGAAGUAGGGAGAACUGGCAGAGAGCCAGAAAGAUGCGAAGGCACCAAGACUGGUCUCCUUUAACCCACAGACAAGGCAGCUGAGGCCCAGAGGAAGCAAAGGCUUGCCCGUGGCUCCAGAACCAGAGGCACAUUCCUUUGGACUUUUUUUAAUAUCACAGAUAUCAAUGGAGUUUAAAAUAUCUUAAGACAGGAGAAAAAAAAGUUAUUUAAACAAUGCCUGCUAUGUGUCUACAAUUCUCUAUUAAACAAAGUUGCUUCCUUUCAAA